AUGCGUGUUUUCGUUACAGGCGCAACAGGCUUUGUCGGCUCAGCUGUCGUCAAAGAGCUACUAGCUGCCGGUCACUCUGUCCUCGGCCUAGCCCGCAGCGACAAAGGAGUCGAACAGCUCAAGACUCAAGGCGCCGAAGCCCUUUUUGGCACAAUUGAGGACUUGGAAGUUCUCAAGAAGGGUGCUUUUGUGUCUGAUGCCGUCAUUCAUCUGGCAUUCGUGCACAACUUUGCCGAUUUUCUUGGUUGUUGCGUCAUUGACCGUGCGGCCAUCACUGCUAUGGGCUCUGCUUUGGUUGCAGCCGGCGGAAAUCGUGCCAUGGUCAUUACUUCCGGUACCAUGAUGCUCACUCAGGGAAAGCUGGGCUAUGAGGAUGACGAGCCUGAUAUGAGCCACCCAUUUGCGGCAGCUCGUGGGGCGUCUGAGAAAGUGUGUCUCGAUUUUGCCAAACAAGGUGUUCGAGCUAGUGUUGUUAGACUUCCUCCUACGACGCAUGGAGCCGGAGGAGUUUCUGGGUUCAUGGGCCCGUUUGUGAACGUUGCACUUGAAAAGGGCGUCUCUGCAUAUGUUAGCGAAGGCCAGAAUCAUUGGUGCGCUGGUCAUCGUGAUGAUGCGGCUAGACUGUACCGUCUGGCUAUCGAAAAAGCAGAGCCUGGGUCCGUUUUCCAUGCAGUUGCCGAGGAGAGUGUCACCGUCAAGGAUAUUGCUACCGAAGUUGGCAAACAAUUGGAUAUUCCUGUUAUCAGCAUUCCUCCAGAGAAGGUGCCGGGGCAUUUUGGCUGGUUUCAUUUCGGAGCUUUGGCUGACAACAUUGUCUCGAGUGCAAAGACUAAAGAGGUGUUGGGCUGGAACCCUACUGGACCCACGGUUCUAGAGGACAUCGAGGCUAUAGUCGACUUUACGAAGUCUCAUUCAGGCCAGUGUCACUCAUUACCAUUGAAAUUCUGCUGCGAUGCGUGUUUAUACGACCCUCGGGCCUCUAAUCCUCAGCGCUGGGCUUUGCGCCGCUCGCGAUCUGCCACUACGGAAAUCGCAACGACGACUAUUUCUGGAGUGGCUUCUGAAGAGACUACCACUACUGCUGAGUCUGACAGCGCCGUCGAAACCUCUGUGACGGUGUCGACUUCGGCUUUUGAGACGUCGACUUUGGAGUCAUCAACCUUGGAGUCAACAACCUUGGAGUCAACAACUUUGGAGCCAUCAACUCUGGAGUCAUCAACUUUCCAAGUUUCGGCAUCUGCCGCUGAGGCAUCAACUCACACGACCGAAGACGCAACGACUACCACAACAUCUCCCGCCCAGAGUGCACAGACUCCACCCAACGGCGACUUCGAGGAUGCUACCCUCGCACCUUGGGAGAGUACCGGAACCACAGCAGUCCUCGUCCGGGGCCUUGCUUGCUACCAAGGGAGCCAGUGCGCAGAACUCCCAGGACCGUACAGUGGAAACACAGCCAAAAUCUGCCAGCGGGUAGACAUCCAACAGGGCUACGAGUACACUUUCGCGGCACAUCUCGCACAGAGCUGUACUUAUUACGACGCUGGAGAGAGAGAGGACCUCGACUGCGACGACAACAUCAACUCGGUUAAACUCUCCAUCGAUGGGGUGUUUGACUCGGAAGUGCAACCAGUCAGCUGGGAUAACCAGUACCAUGAAUACUCCAACACGUUCCAAUAUACUGGCCCAAGUAUUGACUCGACUGAUCUUUGCGUUUCUGCCAUUGUCAACCAGGGCGAGAGGUACGACUUCCUUGUUGAUAGCGUUUCUCUCGUGCGCGGGAACUCGGUACUUGUCCCCGAAGAGACUUGA